UUUUGGACUUAAACUAGAAAGCCCAUUUCUCAUGGCCGGAAAGAGCAGAUCAGAUCAUCUUCUUCAUUUUAGAAAGAGAAAACACAGCAGAGUAGAGGAGAGAGAGAAUGGGGAGAGAAGUCUCAGAGAGCUGCGUGGAUAGUCUACUGACGGAGAUGGUUUCAACCUACUCCAACCGAUUCUACGCCAAUAAGCCUGAUCUCGCCGCCCAUAGUAUCGAGGCCAUUGGUUACCAGGUCGGCCUUCAGCUCUCUGAACGGUACACCAUGGAUCGGUCUCGCUUCGGUGAUCAUCUAGAGGCUAUCAAAUUCAUCUGUAAGGACUUCUGGUCUGAACUUUUUAAGAAACAGAUUGAUAACUUGAAGACCAAUCAUAGGGGUACAUUUGUAUUGCAAGAUACUCGGUUUCGCUGGCUUUCUAGGAUGUCGAUCGAGCCCUCCGAAAAUGGAGAUGUACCUCAUAAUAAUCCUGAGGCUGUGACUGAGAACAAGAGCACACAAGUUACAAGGAUGCAUCUCAAUUUCCCGUGUGGAAUCAUAAGGGGAGCUCUUUCUAACUUGGGAAUUCCUUGUGCUGUAUCUGCUGAUAUAACCAAUCUUCCAGCUUGCUCAUUCGUGGUUCGUAUAAAGGUCUAAUCAACACUUCAUCAGAAAAUUGACCUUGUAAGAUUGGUGCAAGAGUUAAAAUCAUUUGUAAAGGUUCUAAUGAUGCACACUGUACCUUUCAAGACAUAUGGUGGGAGCUCGAGGGAAAUGUGAAGAAACUGAUAAUGCAUUUGCUCUGCUUUGGAUUUGAAAGCUUAGCCUUACACCGUAAUCUUUACGGUUCUGUUUUUCCUUUUUACAUUUUGUUUCUGUGUUUGGUAUUGUUAGAUAUGAAUAUCAUAAAGAAAUCGUGCUUUUGGAACUGAUGUGAACUUAACCGUAUAUGACAAUCAAUCCAUCCCUUUUACCUCUGAAGGAAA